AUGGGCUGGUUUUGGGACUCGACCAAAAAUGACCCGGUCAAGAAGCUCGAUCCGGGUCUGCGCCAAUAUCUCGAGCAGGAAUCCCCCGAUAGAUACGUGCCUGCUGGCGUGAAGCCGGCCCCCGAGCCAUCCACUCCAGAAUCAUCACCAUCGCCCGACCACGCCUCCCAACCCACCACUCCCUCCGCCUCUCUCUAUCCUGAUGGCCGCUACGCUCAUCUCUGGAAGACCUACAAGCCACCCGUCGAUGCCGACGAGAGUGCCGGGGUCCGCGGGGCCUCGAAGGUGAUUGAAAAGUACAAGGAGCGUGGGGACACUGUGCAGCGGGCGGCGAUGGAGAACUGCGCGCUGGAGCACGAGGCCCUGACCUACUGCUUCCAGACGGGCAACUGGCGCAAACAGAUCGAGGCCCGACUGACCAUGUGUUCGGCGGAGAAUGCGACUUUUUCUCGCUGUUUCCAGACCCAGAGCAAAUUCCUCCAGGCCCUGGGCUACGCCUCAUCCUUUGCAUACGAUGCCGACCGGGAAGAGCAAAUCCAGAUGCAUGCCGACAAGCUCUACCACCAGAUGCUCGACUACGAGAAGCGGGUCGAGGAGUGCAAGGCUGCGGGCACGGAGCCGCCGCCGCUCACAUCGCUCUUCCAGCCCGACCAACCCACUGGCGAUGAGGCCCUCCCGGCUGGAUUCAAGCCGUCCAAGCCGCUGGCUAAGCUGACACCGCAUGAGCGUGAGCUGGAGAUCCGGGCGCACCAAGCGCAGUUGGACCAGCAGAAGAUCUACAUGCAGGAGGCCAGUCCGUUCAUGAAGUCGCAGGAGGAGGCCCGCAAUAAGCGGCGCGAGAAAGCCUCGAGCUGGUUUGGGGAGACGAUUGGGAAGUGGGUGUCGUAA